AUGGAAGAGAAUCAAUCACCUUCUUCACCUCUACAUCGUCGUUCACAAUCUCAUACAAGACAUGGUGAACCUUCCACAAACCCCCUUUCCCAUGCCGAUGCUGAAGUGGAUCGUCUAGCUCCUCGACCUGGCAUCGGCACCGCCGCGCAGUGCAACUCGCCUCCUCAAGUCGGUCCUUCUUCUUGGGCAAAUCAACCUAUAAGAGAUGAGAGAGACCCUUCUUUAAAUCCCGUUUCACCUGUUUUGAUGGACUCCCGAUGGACUAAAGUCCCUUCCAGUCGUCAUGCCACACCAUCUACCCAUACCGUACAAGUCGCCUCUUCAUCCCAUCUCCAACCUCAACGUCACCCCGAUCGACCGACAGCGCCACUUACCACAUCUCAACCUCUGGUCAGAUCCAGCUCUUCACUACGACCCCUUCUUGACCAUACACCAUCUAUGAUCCCCUCUCAUAGGAAACGUCCUCGUUCAAAUUCCCUCCCCAACCCAGUGAUCAAACGUCGUAAAUCCAGACACGACACCAUCACGCCCUCGGACCAAGUUGUCCGAACUUAUCGUCAACCUAAGCGAGAACUCACACGCCCUGAAAGAUUGGCCCGUCAGAUCGCUCUGGAUCAUCACAACCGUCGUCCUGGUCACCUCGUGGCUUCUGCCAGACCACCCAUAAAUAUUGACACACUACGUGCUCUCGAUGCGGGCGAGAUACUACGACAUCCUCAAUUACGACAUGAUCUCUUGUUCGAUAAUCUGGCCUUUCGACCCGUCACUGACGCCUCGUUCUCUUCAACACACGCAGAGAUUUACAGCAACACUAGGGCGCCUACUAUAGACGUUCGACAUGCUAGUGAAACGGGUGACAUGUAUUGGGACAGUAUCGCUACGGAGAUUGUCACUGGUUGCAGGUGUACAAGGUGGGAAGUACCAGGAGCGGUCAGCGGACAGGUUUGUAGUGUAGAACUGCUCCAACGAAGGAAAAGAGUCAAAGUCUGUGUUUGUGGAGGAUGGAUGAAGGGUUUGUCAGAUACGGAAUGGAAACAAGCGGCGAAACAAUGGCCAUCUAGACUUCCUACUCUAAUCAAAGUCCUACGAGAUAUCUUACACUCCCUCAUGGGUUCAACGACACCUUGUAUCAAUCACUUUGCUCAUUCAUACUCGCAAGCUGCCCUCGAAGCACACGAACAGGUCUGUCCGACCGUCACACACGCCCUCGUCCCUGAAUUGAAGGCCGCUUUAGAACCUGAUUUCCUCACUUCACAAGUCAGAAGAGGGUGUCUAGGUACCGAUCUGUUUGUGUUGUUAGGGAACGCGAUGAAGGUUCAUUGCGCUCCUGUGAGGGAUCUCAUGGUGGACGAUAUGGUACAGACUGCUACGGGGACCGACACGGACAAGCCUGAUGUCCCUCUGGCACUAAGAAUAUGUUUCGAUUGUUUGGAGGUGAUGAAACUGGACAUUGCCAACCACCAAGUUCAUGCCAUCCGACCUUACCUAGCACGUUCCGCCGUUGUAGCCGACUGGCAAGCAUUUCAACAUAAUCUUCGUACCCUCGGCCGUCCCAUUUCACAAUCCACGACACAAACAUGGAUUCGUGCUGCCUCUCAACGAGUUCUCAUGUCUUCUGAACCUUCGCACCGUCUUCACUUCCUCGGUAAAUGUGAAUGCCGCAACAACAUCGACUUUGUCAUUCGUUCACUCGCCGAGGGUCUUAACGAAUUGGUUUUCUCCGAAUCGCAUCUACCGACGUUUUCGUUCUGGCCACCGCCCACUCACUCUCGACUCCUGAUCCAAGGGUCUGUACCCGUGCCGACCGAUCCUACUGGACCUACCUGGUUCCCCGAGUCAUUCAAGAUGGACCAAAGACGUAUUCGUAAUUUUUAUGCCGAAGCUGUGGACAUCACAAUCUUACAAAUCAUGUUGGCUGUUUUCAGAAUUGCGUUAAGGAGAACAAAUCCCCUCAUGUCAAAGACGGAAAUGGAGAAAGAAGUGGAGGAAUUGAAAGUCGAGAUUGUCCGUAUGUUGGACGUCGAGUUUUCUCCCACUCGGGCCACUUUGGAGGAUGUCAUCCCGGAUAUCACUCUCAGGAUGGCCAUGGUCAUCUGUCGUGAUCGCCAUCACUCCUUCCCUCCGGGUGAUAAUAGUAAGACCAGUACGACGAUUGGAAACACAAUUCCAGAUGUCAUUCUCCAGCAGGCGAACUCUAAUACGACGUCGACUACACCGAUCACCCCUCAGUCGAACCUACAAGGUACUUUCGGAGACUCUGAGGACCAUGUUGAACCCCAAUCAGCCUCCUUGGGUCUCGGAAACUACUUCUCUCCCCUUCAUCAGGUAUCCGAUCAACUCUCCGAUCUCCUUAAGAAAGAGCUUCAACCUACUUCGAAAUUCUUCGUCCAGAAAUUUGAAGAUCUUCGUCGAUUGACUGCGUUAUGUUUGACGCAUAAUAUGUUGGCAUAUCGAUACAACCCUUGUGACCAUCUUUUCGCUCAACGUACCAUGUGUCCAUCUGCUUGGUCAAGUAUUCCUGAUAAGUGCGAUUCUAUCCCCUCUAGACCUACCGUUUCUCGUCCUGCUGUGGAAGAUGAAAUCAACGACAGUCAAAGAACGAUCAUUGAUUCUACUAGUGCCGGAACAACAAACGCUACUAGUUCUAAUUCUAACAACAACAUGAACUCUGAACCUUCCAUUCCAACUUUCCGAAUGUUAGGUGAUUCAUUCAGAUAUUCUCAAAAUAUCUAUCGACCUAAUUCAUUCAGUAGACCUCAACAAUCAUUAACUUUUGAAAAACUCCCUCCUAGAAUCCGACCUAUAGAACCCGUUCCGGGUUCCAAAUUUGAUAAUUGUCUUUCAUCAACUUCUUCAGAUUCUACUUCACAUACAAUCAAUAAUAUCGAAACACCACAACCUAUACCGAAUCUCUCCAAUUUACUUUCAUUACCACCAACAUCCAUCGUCUCUUCACCCAGUCCAGUCAACACAACUCCAACUUCUUCCUUCCCAUCGAUAUCAUCCGAAUUUGAAACGAGGAGAAACGCUCCAAGUCCGAUUGAUAGAAUAUCUUUACAAACCACGUUGGAUAAUCCAAUAUAUCGUUCAAAACCUAUUCCACUCGAUCCCAAUUAUCCACCUCGUAUCCCGACGUCAGAUCCGGAAACAAGAGCGAAAUUGGAAGCUUUGAAUCAUCAAUGUACAGAAAUCCAAAAUGCUCUGAUGGCGUCGACCUCUUUUGAUGUGGUUUCUGAUGAAGUUAGGGAAUUCGUGAGGAGGAUCGAAAAAGUUGCUAGGUUUAAUCUAGAAGUUUUUGGUGGAUUGUAUGCUCAGAAAGGGAUGGUGGUCGGGUGA